AUGGCCACGGAGCCCCCGCGGCCGGCGGGGCGCCCCGAGGGCGGGCGCGGGCGUUGCGCGGGCGGCGGGCGCGGCGAGGCGGAGGAGGAGGAGGAGGAGGAGGAGGCCGCGGCCCAGCCGGUGCUCGGCGCCUCCCCGGGCCCCGCUGCGGCGGGGGGCGGCCGGCGGCGGGCGCUGAACGGCUGCGUGCCGCUGUCGCACCAGGUGGCCGGGCACAUGUACGGCAAGGAUAAAGGCGGCAUACUGCAGCAUCCAGAUGGGACUGUCCUGAAGCAGUUGCAGCCUCCACCUCGUGGUCCCAGGGAACAGGAGUUCUACAAUAAGGUUUAUGACCCUGACUGUUGUGACAGCAUUCUUCUGGAGCUGCGGAAAUAUCUGCCAAAAUACUUCGGUGUCUGGUCACCACCUACUGCACCAAAUGAUACGUAUCUAAAACUGGAAGAUGUGACCCGCAAGUUUAAUAAGCCUUGCAUAAUGGAUGUAAAAAUAGGUCAGAAAAGUUAUGAUCCAUAUGCUUCGGUGGAGAAGAUACAGCAGCAGGUCAGCAAGUACCCGCUGAUGGAAGAGAUUGGCUUUUUGGUGCUCGGCAUGAGGGUGUACCAUGUCUCUUCAGACAGCUACGAGACACAAAACCAACACUAUGGAAGGAGCUUGACCAAGGAAACAGUAAAGGAUGGCAUCUCAAAGUUUUUCCACAGUGGGUACUGCUUGAGAAAAGACGUGGUAGCUGCCAGCAUUCAGAAGAUUGAAAAGAUUUUGGAGUGGUUUGAGAGCCAGACACAACUCAACUUUUAUGCAAGCUCAUUGCUUUUUGUCUAUGAAGGUUCGUGUCAGGCAACAACUGUGCGGUUGAGUGAUGUCACCUUGGUGGAGAAAAGAGGAAUGCCCAAAGGCCUGUUGUCAGGUGGAGAUGUAUUGGAGUGUAAUAAUAAUAUUCAAGUAAUAAAUUCUACAGAGAAUGGAAAAAUUGAAGCCUCUGUAAGUAAAGGCUUGUCCAAAUUUUACGCACUUCACAAAAAGUCAUGCUCAAAGAGGCACCACAGUCAGCUCUCGCUAAAGGUUGAAAACUUGGAGCAAGACAACGUGUGGAAAAGCAGCACGUGCAUUGCACAGGAGCACCUGAACGGAAACGUUCUACCCCAACUGGAAAAAGUUUUCUAUCACAUGCCAGCAGAGACCAAGGAAAGUGCAAACGUUGAAGUCCGAAUGAUCGAUUUUGCUCACGUGUUUCCUAGCAACGCAAAGGAUGAGGGCUACAUUUAUGGUCUGAAAAAUCUAAUCACAGUACUUCAAAGUAUUUUGGAUAACUAAAUUCUUUGCUAUGUUUUUUUUAUCGGGGCCAAUGAUAAAGAGCAGCAACAUGAAGAAUUUCUGCACUUGUAAUGCUGUAUACUGGGUUUGUAUUGUUCUAUAUUUUAUUUGUCUUUGUACUUUUGGUAGAAGGGUUUAACUUUUUAUAAUUUCACUCAGGAAAAUAAUUGAUAGUUAAUUAGGGAGUGUGAAAGGAUGAAGAUACUUGAGAUAUAAAGCAGGAUAGGUAAAUGAAUAGAAUGAAGUGUAUGUGGUUGUCUUAAAUCCAAGGACGACCAGAAGCAAGGGUUAUGUUAGUUCCUAUAAUGACUUUAGCAUAGAUGACAUUUGCCCACUUAGCCUUGACACUGAGCCGCAUCUCCAUUAACAAAUGUUUAGAAAACAGACUGAAAGCUGUAAGGUAGGUGCAGGAUCGAUGUCCUCAGCACUGCCUUUGUGUUUACUGUAUUUGAAUAACUGGAGUAACCCUGCUUGGAGAGAAAUCCCAUGCUGAGUCAGCAGUCUUGCUUGAAGCAUCGAAAAGUGCUUUUCCGUGUCACGGGAAGAUAUUGCUGUUCUUUCAGCUCUCAUGGGGGCCUUUUCUUCCCCCGUUGUGGGUGUCUGUAGCCAAUGUUCACCACUGAUGAUCAACCACAUAAUUUGUGUUGAGGUGCUAAGAAAAUGCUGGAGUAAAAUACCAUAACAGGCUUAAACUGCACAAUUUCUAGAGAAACUGUUAGUUCCUAAGAGAGAGCAAAAGUAUGCAAAUGCAAAAUGUUCCAGCAAGUAAUUUGGUUUAGAAGAUUAAGUCAGUCUGUUAACGGAGUGUCUGAUGCUGUGAUUAAGGGAAGUGCCUCCCUCUGUUGUUCUCAUGGCCCUUCUCCAAAAACAUUGCUUCAAAAAGCAAACUAACGGAGCAGAGGAACAGAGCGUUCUCAGUAGGCGUACAGAGAUCUCUGCGAGCCGCUGGCCGCUCGCGUUUUUGCAACAGGCAUUUCACGCCUCUGCUGCUGGGGAGCACCGAUUGGAGCCAUGAGCAGUACAGGCAAAGGACUCUGCUGUGGAGAUCGUUGGGCCCUGGAGCCACCAGCUGAGCCACCAGCUGUGCCACCACUUGUGCUAGUGGAGCUGGGGCUCUCCCACCCUGGGCUACAGCUGCCGCUGGUUUCUUCCAAUGACACGCAGGCAAGCUGCGCAGUUUGAAAGUUGUCCCGUUUCUUUCUUCUUCAUGGGAAAAAAAAUCAAGCUAUUUUAUGGAAUACUUGAGGUCAGGAUGAUGUAUCCAAAGCAUUUUUGGUGUGUCUCUCCCGUAUGCUGUGCUGCCAUGUGUAUACAGCGAGCUGUUUGAAAAGUGGAAACGGCCAAGUCUUGCCCACCCUGAGAGCAAGAUUUUAAUGCUUAAAGCAAAGCCCCAGGACGAGAACAUUUUAGAAUGGUCCUUGGAAGCGUUUGUCUUUUCCAUGUGGGCUUACCGUGCCCCUGUGACCUUGCUGCUCUCUCUGUACAACGUUCUGCAGCGUGCACUCAGUUGUGUACAUGUCUUGGCAAGUUCUUCAUUUCACACCUGUUAUCUAUAUGAGAAAGAAACACGUGGUUUUUCAAGCAAAUAUGCUGUUUUAAAUGAAGCUGAAAUUUUAUCUGAGAACUUGGGUUGAUUGAAGAAACAGGGUAUUACUGUGUGUAGAACUACAUUGUUUUAACUUCAGAGCUCCUAUUGGCCAAAGCAUUCAAGAAUGAAACCAACUGUUAGUAACAAUGUUUUUGAAGUGUGGGAAGAGGGGCUUGCAGAGGAGGGGCAGUAUCAUUUUGUUGACAAUUCCAUGUGAACUACUUUGAAGGCUGAGGGGAAAGUACAAGAAAGAAAGGGACUUUUUUUUUCUACCUGGUAUUUCUCUUGCACCGUAUAGUUAGUAUAUUUCCAAAUCUCUGUGAAUUAAUUUAAGCCAUAUUCUAGAAAGAGUUUGUGGGUUUGUUUGCUUUGACGUUGAUUUCUCUGUUAUUAUUUCACUGUUCUAUUCCAUAACACUAGAGUACUCCAGGCUUAAGUGGCCUUGUAUAAUAAAUUUACAAGGUUUUAUAGAAAAUAUGGGCAACAUCAUAAUUUUUUGUCCUCAGUAAUUCAUCUCUUCUGGAUUUUAAUCCAUUUUGUGCCAGAGAAAUCAGACAUAUGCCUCAAAGAAGUCAGUUAUUAGAAAAUUAUCUGUAUGCUCUUGGUAUCACUCACUGUCCUGUCUCUGCUUUAAGAUAUAUUUCCUCAGUGUUUGAAUGCUCUUUAAGUAUCGAUUGUUUUGUUGGCUAUGGCAGUGUUUGUAAUGCACCUGGAAUAUUGUCAGCCUGUCAGAAUAUUUUGAAUAAAAAAAUAAUUUUAUCAUGGUGUUUGUACCGGUAGUUAUUAUGAAUGUAUUUCUGUUAAUUUAAAAUGUAGCUUGAGAGACAAUAGUAUUUUUUGUUGGAAGUUCUGUAAAUAAAGCUUACUGUAGGGGUGUUGGAGCAUAGUACCAGCUGUGAGUCUUAAGCCUGCAAAGCCCUUAUGUUGGCAUUGUUGUUGCACAUUUUAGACUUGGUGUCUCUGGUGUCUUGUAUCUGAUCCGAUUGUUUUCAGUUACAGUUGGAGAUGUAUUCACAGAAAUCAUUCAACAGAGUAUGGAAUUAAUCAGAAGAUGAAGAGGGAGACACUGGUCACUGAGCUGGUACACUGCCAUCAAUCUCCCUUCCUGACAGCAAUGCCCCUUUUGUUCUCUGGCUGAAGUGUACAGGACAGGCAACCGUUGUGUGGAAAUCUUCAUGGGAAUGGUAACAAGGCUUGUAGGUAUUUCUGUCCCAUAAAAUGGAGGGUUGGUCCCUGCCCUAGACUGCUGUGGUGUAGCUGGGUGCUGGGGAUGCUGAGGAAACCUGUCAUUUGAUUUUAAGCAAUAAGACUUGGGUUUAGCAAAGCUGACUGUCAAAAGGGAAGACUCAUGCAGCGUUGUCACUCUUGGACUCUGAGAAUAUAUGCUUUUGAAGCCUUUCUACCCUAGGUGACAUGAGAAGUGUGUAUAGGCUUACUUAAGGAGAGCUUGAUUUGUAUAAAGUUUUAUAAAAAAGUAUUUACAUAUAUGGUAUUUUUGGAUAUGGGUGAAAUUUGCUGCAUAAAUUACGUUGGAAUUUAUUAUAUCGCUAUGAAACAUUUAAAAUAUUUUAAUCAAUUUGUUUUAUGAACUGAACUGGAGACUUUGCUUGUAGUUGUGAUUCUCAUGAAACUUGUACUGGUUUUUUUUUCUACUGUAGUGCAUAGCCAGUGUUCUUUUCCAUAACCUCACAAUUUUAUGGAGAACUUUUAAAGUACUCAGUAGAUUAGGAAAUGGCUAAUUUCCAGUAAUUUGAUUAACAGAGUGCAUACGUUCUUGAAAUAUUUCAGUGCACAUGAUAUUUUAAGUAAUGUUAAUAUGUUACACACCUAGAGACCCUGUAAAACUUCCUCACCUGCAUAGAGCUCCUGGUUAUGCAGAGUUUAAAAUGGGCCUUUUCAGGUGUAACAGCAGCAGCGGUGGAGGGAAGGCAUCACCUACGCUGGCCAUGUCAGGUGUGCAGGGGUGUUGACAGCCUGAACCUAAAAUCAUUGGAAUUACUCGCUCACUUCAUGAUGUGAAGAACUGUCAAAUGUAGGAAGCAUCCACAUCUGCUGUUGAAAGUUAUGAAUACCUGUUCAUCCUCCUCAUUUCUUCUGGGUUUUUUUUUUCCUCAAGCGAGCUUUCCUCCUGAGUGCCUUCUUUGCCCUUGCCCUUCUACCUUCUAUAGCAUCACGGUGGAAUAUUUUAAUGGAAAUUCUUGUUUCCUGAAAAGCUUAUGCCCCAUAACUGCUCUUAAAGUGCCGAUAUUUCAAAACACCGUUAAAAUGCCUCAGGUACUGCGUGAAUGCACGCUCCUCUGAAAGAGGAGGAGUGGAUGCUGGUGGGAGGUGACAGUGGGAGGUGGGAGUGGAUGCUGGUGGGGAUGCUUCGAAACAUCUUUACCUGGGGUUUGAAGAGGACGUUUUGAGGGCCAGGUGAGUGACAGUCGAGCUGCAUGGAGUUCUCCUUCCCUUCCUGCAGGUAGUGUCGAGCUUUGGAGUGGGGAAUGGGGAGAGUUCCUAAGGAGGACUGAGCAGGUGUCUUGCAGGGAGAAUAUGCUGUGCAUAUUGCUUGGGUUACAGUGGGAUGUGAUCUGGGAAGUGCAUUUGUCUCCAUAGCCACAGGCCAAAUCCUGCCUAUCCUUCACGUUCACAGCAAUGUGCAAUAGAUGCUGCAGAAGAAGAUUAUCAUCCAGAGGGCAAAUGUGUUUGAAAGGGGAAAAUUAACAAAGCUAAAGGUUGUACAGCAGAAAACAUGUUUGAGUAAGUAUCUCUUACUCUGGUCUCAUUUAGUGGACGUGGGCCCUGUGGAUUUGGAGUUUGUUUCGUGACAUUUAGUAGCAGAUGGUCAGAACAAAGGUAUUUCAAAACCGCCUUAGUUUGAAUUGUGGACAUUGGUUCAAAUAGUAACUUUAUUUUUUUUUAAAAAGUGACCUGUGAAGUAACUUCCAAAUACAAUGUGUGUCGCAUCUGAUUAUAAAUGAAACUAGAGUGCACAAAGGCACUUUAAUCCUCUGGGAACUGUACUGGAAAGUAGAUGAAAGCAUGUGAAACUGCACCCGAUGCUGUGUUGUUAAUUGUUUUUAAACUCUUAAAAUUCUACAUGCUUGAUGGAUGAAUGUAUCUAGUCUAGUCUGGUCUCAGUUUCUUUGAUUCAGUUGUCUAAAGCCACCCUCAAUCUUCUCUAAUCUGUAUAUGUUUGUAAUUUCAUUUGCUGUUUUCUGCCAUUCUUGGACCACAGGAGGUAUUGUUAAUAUUACCUGUGUUUAUUUUAUAGAACAUUGUACUAUGCUAUCUACCAACUUUUGUAACUUAAGAAGUGAUAUUUGGGGUCAUUCUAAUAGCUGUAUAUUUGGCAAAUUAUUAAAAUUUUCUGCAAGU